AUGACCAGCAAGGGUGCCCGUUCCUCCCGCCCAUCUGCGAGGGAGGCCCAGGCGCAGCCGGUCCGCGGGCACGGGGCCAGCCGGGGCUGCGGGAGGCGGCCCGGGGCAGCCCGGCGAGUGCGCACCGAGGCCGGGGCACAGACGUCAGCAGCACCCUCGCUCCCACUGCGGCAGGCCGGCCCUGCCCGCCCCUGCCCGGCCCUGCCCGGCCCUGCCGGCCACCUCGGCCCAAUCCCGGCGCUCAGGGGGCGGCACGGGCACCACGAGACCCCGCCCCCAGGCCGGGCCGCCUAUAAAGAGCCCGGCGCGGCUGGCAGCCAGCAAGUUGCGGUGGUGUGCCAGGAGCUGGGCGUGCAAAGUACCAUGUUCCUGGCUGUUCAGCACGACUGCGGAGCUAUGGACAAGAGCGCCGGCAACGUCCCUAAGAGCGAGGAGAAGCGGGAGAAGAUGAAACGCACCUUGUUAAAAGAUUGGAAGACACGAUUGAGCUACUUCUUGCAAAAUUCUUCCACUCCUGGGAAACCCAAGACUGGCAAGAAAAGCAAACAGCAAGCUUUCAUCAAGCCUUCCCCAGAGGAAGCCCUGCUGUGGUCGGAAGCCUUCGACGAGCUGCUGGCCAGCAAAUAUGGGCUGGCUGCCUUCAGGGCUUUCUUAAAAUCUGAAUUCUGUGAAGAAAAUAUAGAAUUCUGGCUGGCUUGUGAAGACUUCAAAAAAACAAAAUCGCCCCAGAAGCUGUCGUCCAAGGCAAGGAAGAUCUACAUGGACUUCAUAGAAAAGGAGGCCCCGAAAGAGAUCAACAUAGACUUUCAAACCAAGAGUCUUAUUGCCCAGAAUAUACAAGAAGCUACCACUGGCUGCUUUACAACGGCCCAGAAGAGGGUGUACAGCCUGAUGGAGAAUAACUCUUACCCCCGAUUCUUGGAGUCUGAGUUCUACCAGGACUUGUGUAAAAAACCUCAGAUCACCAUGGAGCCACGAGCCACAUGAAAUGGCUCAGGACACACCGGAGUGGAGGACAUUUCUUUGUUUCCUUAGGGAGAAGGCCGUGAGCUGCCAGAGACUGGCCUUGAAUUCAGCCUGGAUGUCUAGGAAACAUCACUCAGAACUAUUGAUUCCACAUUGGGUAGUGAGUCGGGAGGCCUGCACGGCUGUCCGGAAGAAGCUUGUUUGAGCACAGCUUCCACCACUGUACAGACGCAGGGAGGGGACCCGUGGUCCGCGGCGUGCCUCACCAGAAGGCACGGACGUGAGACAGAUAAUGCUGUGAUACUAUUGAUCCAAAUGCGUUUAAAAUCAAUAGGUCUGGGAUUAUGUGGCCUAAGCUAGCUGGCUGUACAUCUUCCCUGAAUCGGUCCAUGUUACCACAUAGUGGCUUUAGCUUUAGGUUUUGAGUCCUAACAUGAACAUGUUUACUGUGUGCAAGAGUAUUGACGUUCUCGUGACUUCAGAUCAUCUAUACUCACGCAUUGCUGGACCUGCACUGGUGUGUUUGACUUGUUGACCUGGUGUGUGAAAUCGAGCGAGUGCCCGUGUGCGGAGAACCACGGUGUCCGUUACGAGUGCCAAAAACUGUCUCGCAGGCAGCUAAACUCUGAAGUGGUCUUGGCAUAUUUUAAUAAAUUUAUUUUGCUAAGUAAUGUCAUUAAA